CUUGGCUUUCAAUUUGGCCAACUUUUUUACAGGAAUUCUCUUCAUUAGUGACAUAAAGUACUUCAAAAUAAAGCUUAAAUCUGCUUAGUAAUAAUGCCCCAAAAAAGGAAAUUAAAUUAUUCUUUAGCUUUGGAAGCUCCUCUGAUAAUCAGAAAUAGUAUUUUGUUACUUGGACGUUGCUUAGCCCUCACAGAUGAUGAUCCCAAAGUCAGAAUCACCAGACUCAUUUUCAAUGACUUCCUCAAAAUGCACUUCCGCCACUACGCUGACAUAGUUGUUCAUGAUGAAAAAAAGCUUGCAAGAACUGGUGAUGUCGUCCUACUCAGGAAACUGCGCCAGCCGCUGUCCCUUGAGAAGCGCCACGAGAUAAUCAAAGUGGUGUACCCGCUCGGCGACAUCACUGAUCCUCUCACGGGCAAGAAAUGCGUUCUGGCCAAGUACAGGAGCGACGUGCAGCUCAUCGAUGACUUCUACGGCCGCGCCCCGGACGCGCCUGAGGGCUUCGACUACGACAAGGCGCCUGACCGAGGCUGGCAGCAGGGCAAGAAAGACUGGAGUCACAAGGAAGGAUACAAGAGAUGGCACGAGUUCGAACCCAGUCACCCGUUGCACAAAGACCCUGCCGCGUCCUGAGCCCACCAGCUGUGCUUGUAAAUUCAUCCAUGUAAAUUAAUAAAAUAAACUAAACACAUUUA